CCAUCUAGCGGCCAGCGUGUGUCUGUGUCACAUCAACAUAACACAUUUCAAACAAUGCUCUUCGCAUUUGAUUUUCUGAAAUAACAUUUAAUUAUGCUUGAUUAUGAAUCGCGUACGAUUUUAUUUCAUUAAAAAUCAUCAAAACAAACGUGUAUACAUGUAUGCUGUGAAUCUGGCUCCUUCGGCGAAUGUUAUUUAUGGUUGUCUUGGUUACACGGUGCAACCGACUUCGGGAGCGGAAAAGAAUGAAGAACUGACGUUAGACUGACUCGGUGUUUUCAGGAUGUCGUCAAAGAAGAGAAGCGAGUCAAAGAGCCAGCAGGACGCAGAUGUCUCGGCGGAGAGCGAUGGACAGGAAGAUAGACAGAGGCUGUUACACAGAGAAUAUGAGACCCUAACUGAAAACCUAUGCACACUGAAGAGGAGAGUUGAACAAAAACGAAAAGAAAAUGAAUUUCUUCAGAUUGAGAUAGCUCAGAGCCGUAUUGAAAGUAAAGAGUACAUGUCAUAUAUGUCUAAAAGAGCAGAGAAGAGGCAGAAUGCAAUAUUGAAUUUGAGUGAUCAGAGUCACGAGGAACUUGAGGAGCUCCAGAGACAGAGACAGAACAUGCAGGACAAACAUGAGGAGCAGAGCAGUGAGCUGCAGAUGGAGAUCCUGCAGACGGAAAAUCAGCUGGCCCUGCUAAAUAGUGAAAUUGCAGACCUGAAAGAGGUUAAGACUCUAAAAGAGCAGCAGUCAUGUCGUAUCACUGAGCUGGAGCGGGAGUUGUCUACCAUGCAGUGUCAUCAUUCAGAGUCUCUGGUGGCUCUCAAGGCGGACUUCAUUAAAAAGAAGAAGAGCUGUGAGCAACAGGCAGAAGACACUGUGCAUGCUCUCACUAUAUCAGCCAGCAAGGAGGCAUCUCACUCCCUGAUGUCCUAUAUAAAUAAAGUGUUUCAGGAGAAAAAAAGCCUGCAUGAGGAGUAUAAAUUCCUUUUCCAAAGAGCUCUAGCUCUACAAAAACAGCAGGACGCUCUGCAGACUCAUCGACAGCAACUGCUGCUGGAGCAAAAGUGUAUGCAGAAGAUUCAUGCCCAGCGUAUUUCCCUACAUUCAAAAUACGCAACACCAGCCGGUGCAAACAAUACUGAACACCCCUAGAGGGACCAUCAGUAAGAACUGGAGACAGUUCAGUUACAACCGUUGCUUUCAAUAAACAUAUGAAGAUUA